UUGAUUUGAGGAGCUGAAUUUUGUGGUUCCUUCUCUUCCCACGGUUUGUGGGGUACAGUGCAGCUGUUGUGGAGACUGCAUCAUGAAAAGAAUCACUGGAAAGAGCCUUGAAGUAUAAUCUUGUAAAUUGUGCUGGUUUCUUACCCUACAGGUGAUGUGAAUAACUUGCAGUUAGGAGGCUGAUGGGGGCUUUCUGUGGCAUUUAUGCUGCUAACAGGGGCUGUACAACAGUUGCUGACAUUUCUCUCUGUGUUUUUAAUCAAUUGCUGUUAAUUGUGUACUGGUGUCAGGAGUUGGUGACAGUGACAGCUGAAAGUUGAUGGUGAGACCUGAGGACUUCAGGAAUUUUGAUCCAUGUGUAUUGAAAUAAAAUCCCAAUAUUGCUGGGUGGAACAUGCCUAGGCUUGUCCGGCCCUAGUGCUCUGGACCAAAGGCAGCAGCUCUGGUGUUUCACCUCAGAGACACCUUUGGCUGGCUGGAAGUUGCAGUUAGGCACUCGGAAUGAGUCCAAGCACGUUAGAAAUUCAGUUUACCUCUAGUGGAAAAGGUUCAGUCAAUGGUGAAGAGGAAAGAGCAGAUUCUGCCGGAGGGUUAAAUCCAGAUUUUUAUUCCAGGGUGACAGAGCUCUGAAUCUUGAUAACAGCUCCAACAGAAUACUGACCGCGUGUCUCCGUGACUUUUAAGCUCACAGGGAGGGGGGAGGGAAAGAAUAGGUGAGCCACCAACCAGGUGGGAGGUGGAGGGUCUCAGGGGACAAUGACACCUGGACAGGCCAGUGACCCCAGGUGUGAGAAGCAUCUUUUGAACAUCUGCCAAUCACACAACGCCCUUGCUGGUAUGUAGAACUUGACGGACAGCGUUUAGGAAGGAGGCAAGGGGGAGGGGAAGGAAGAAUUUGGCACACCUGAGGAACUGGGACAGGAUAUUGCUUCACACCGCAACACAAGUGUUGAGGUAAAUUGGUGAUAAAUGUCAUGGUCUGGAAUUACCUUGUGUAACAGUACUGUCACACCCUCAUGCACUGUUGAGACUUUAUCCACAUCCUGCUUAACUAAUUAACAGGUUUAGGACUUUCUCCUUUUCAACCCUACCCCUGCCUCCCAAUUAGCUAGUGAAACCUAGAGGAGUUAUGGGUGUUUAUGCAGGAAACCCUGGGAAUCUUGCAGGGUUAUUAGUGUUCUUUUCAAAUGAAAAGAAAAAGCUGUUUGUUCUGUAGGGACUGACAUUCACUUCCAGACUUCCAGCUUCCUUUGGUGAAACAUAUCCCAUCUGUCUUUGCUGAAUCAAGCACUGGCCUCUGUCCCACUCCUACUUGAAUUCAAGCUACUGUUCUGAAACUGAAAGCUCUCAGCACAAAGACAGCAGCCAUGAGGAGUGUCCUGGUGUUUGUCUGCCUGGUGGGAAUGGCGUGCACCUUCUCGGUCAAGAGCUGGCUGCGGCAGCCCAAGUUGGAUGACUCAGAAGAUAAUGCGGUUUUCAAGAGCCAGAACCGGCAUUACCUGUACAGAUACAUCUACGUGUAUCCCCUGCAGCAACAGUACCAGAGUAGUGACUCAUCUGAGGAAGAGGGGGAUGGCUCAGAGGAGGAGGAAGAGCAGGAGCCAUUUUAUGCUGGAACCAAGGCAGCUGGACACCCUGCUGGAGCAGCCCCCGAGGACUGCCAAGUUGCACUGGAAGGAGACAUCACAUCCCCCCAGCAGGGCAAGGGUUGCCAAAGGAUCAGGCAGAGAACUGCCAGCAAGGGGGAAGACUCUGAAAAUGAAGACAGUGAUGAGAAAGAGGAGGAAGAGGAGGAAGAAGAAGUAGAUGAGAAUGAGAAUGGUGUCAACGGCACAAGCACCAAUACCACAGAGGGUAUUGGACCUCAUGGCAAUGGCACUGUGGUGGCUGAGGAAGGCACUGGUGAAGCUGAGGAAGAGGAGGAAGAGGACGAGGAAGAAGAAGAAGAGGAAGAAGAGGAGGAGGAGGAAGAAGCUGAAGCCACCACCAUUGCAAGCACUACCAAUGAAGAGGGUCUGACACAGGCAACCACUAUGGAUGGUGGGAGACCCACAGAUGUCACCACAGAGGCCACCACAGCUGGGGAGUUGUGGGAGUAUGAUGUGACAGCCAGGGACCACAGCCGGGGGUAUGAGGGCACCACUGAGGGUGGGUAUGAGGAACAGGAUGAGUAUGCACGCGGGGACAGCUACCGGGCCUAUGAGGAUGAGUACGGCUACUACAAAGGGCACGGGUACGAUGUGUAUGGCCAGGAUUACUACUACAGCCAGUGAGCAUUGGGGACAGCCCUGGUGCUCUCCCUUUCAGCCCCAGCCACUCAGGAAGGUGCAUUCAAAGGCUCCCUGGAGCCACUGCGUGCCAGAGGGGAUGCCAGGCAGCUUGCCGUGUGCAGGCUCCAUCCCUGGCUCCAUCCCAGGCUUUUCUUUUUUGUAUCUUGCAAAGUGAAAUGAAAUGAAAUGAAAUGAAAUGAAAUGAAAUGAAAUGAAAUGAAAUGAAAUAAAGCAACUGAACUGAGCUUGUUGGUGACAAAAGUUUUGCUGCCAAAUU